AUGACAUAUAAGUUUAUGGAUGAGGAAUUGAAGGUUGCCCAAAAGUCAUCUUCACCUGUCCGCCUGCCUACCUCAGACCAGAAAAGGAAUGAGCAGGAUAGAAGGAUAUUUCGGCAGUUGAGACCCUGGACUCUCAGUCCAAGAGAUCAGGCGACUCCUGCAGAUUUGUCUACAUUCCAGCCAACACCACCAUCAAAAAGGGAGCAGGAAAGCACUCAGCAGCAUCAGAAAAUGACGCGAGCGAGUGCAAACUUCUCUUCAGUCUCCCGCCCACAACAGCUCCAGCACACGAAAGAGCAGGAUAAAAGGAUAUUUCCACAGUUGAGACCCUGGACUGUCAUUCCGAAAGUUCAGUUGACUCCUGCACAUUUGUCUACAUUCCAGCCAACACCACGAUCAAAAAGGAAGCGAGCGAGUGCAAACUUCUCUUCAGUCCCCCGCCAACCACAGCUCCAGCAAAAAAGAAUGUCUCUUAAGGAGAAAAUGGAAGCUGUAGAAAAAGCCUGGAGAGAGGAGACCGAGAGAAGAGAGGAGCUGAAAAUCGAGGAAGUUGUCGAAGCGCAGGAGACCAACUUUGACAAAUCCUCAGAUUUGAAGUCAAUGGAGCGGGAAGUUUUUGUACGAGCACGGACCAUCAAGAGCGACGAGAUCAAAGAGGGGUUUCUUGAAAGGAAGACAGAGACCUUGAAAGAGAGUAUUCUUUUAUGCCAUUAUCGCAUGAAUGAAGCUCUGUAUGAGAGAAAGGCGCUUAAAAAACAGCAGCAGCAGCAACAGGACCCUUCCUGGAAGAUCGAAAACAAACUUAUGACCGACAAGCUCGCUGAGGUCUAUAAGGACUGUGGAGGGAUCUUCAACGAUGCUGACGUCAGUUCAAAGGAGAAAGAAUUGGAAGACUUGUGUUUGGAGGCCUGCAACUUCAUUAAAAGCCACAAGUUUGAAACACCACUGAGUCAGAUGAUUGAAGACUACGAGAACCGAAAAAUGAAACGGGAACUUGCUCAGCAGACAGCUUUGAUGAAACAAAAGCGGGAAGAAUGGUGCCAGUACAGAAGACAGAAAAGGCUGGCGAUAGCACUCGCUCCUCCUGUGGUUAUAACUGGAAGAAAGCUGAUGCCCCGCAGCCCACCUCCAAGACCCGUGCAGAAAGAACCAGCUGAAGCCACCUGGAAGGACAGUUUAAUGGAUCUCUUUGAUUGAUGAGCUCCUCACCGCUCCUCCAUAUUAGGAAAAGCAACA